UCAUACCCUAUGGUAUUGCAGUAUCGACCAAGAAUUGAUUUCGGGUAGACCAAGGGGCCUAGAUUUGACUGAAAUGAAUCCUGCACUAUUUGUUUACUCGUCGACAGAUUGCACAGUGAACGGUGUGUGGAACUAGAGGGACACAAUCUGAUUUUCAGCAUGCACAUAAGGCCAUUGUCUGUCUCUAAAUUGUCAGUUGCGUUCAUGUUGUUUCUAUUAGAAGCAAUCCAAGUGCCAUUCUGCUACUGAACCAUCUGUGUAAGGUACUUAACGCUGUCUCACAAUGUGCAGGUCACAGCUGAAAUCAGUGAGGUGUGCAGCCGUGACUCUGCUUUCUCAAUAUUUUGCUUGCCUGUUCCAAGAUUGUUCUAAUGUUUAAUCACACUAGUAAAACGGCUCAAUCUUUGUGGUGUUUCAGUUUUCACAUACUUAACUAUUUUAUUAAUUCUUGUUUAGAGUACUGUACAAGAACCUAAUAUAAUUAUAUCUUGAAAUUAUUUUGUAUGAAAAUAUAUUUAGAAAAGUGGUUUCCCAGCCACUGUCCUAUUCUUGGUAAGCUUUUAUGUAAAAAAGAAUAAACAAAAAAACCAAAAACAUUCCCAGCUCA